AGCCUCCAUCUUCCUUCCUGGCUGGAUGCUUCUUCUAUAAAAAGGCCAAGCUCUGCACCCAUCACCCUCCCCCUUUGCAACCAUCUCCUUCCAUUGCUCUAUCUUCUCUUCUCUCCUCUAAAGCCCCGUAGCAAAUAGGAAAGCAAGCACUGCCAUGGCCGGGGCUCAGACCGGGAGCAGCGCCACACCGUGCGCGUCAUGCAAGCUCCUGCGGCGGCGGUGUGCCAGGGACUGCGUGUUCGCGCCUUACUUCCCGCCAGAGGACCCGCACCGGUUCGCCACCGUGCACCGGGUCUUCGGCGCCAGCAACGUGAGCAAGAUGCUACAGGAGCUCCCUGCGGCGCAGCGGGCCGAUGCCGUGAGCAGCCUGGUGUACGAGGCCACCGCGCGGAUGCGGGACCCCGUCUACGGAUGUGCCGGCGCCAUCUCCUACCUCCAGCAGCAGGUCUCCCAGCUCCAGGUGCAGCUCGCCGUCGCGCAGGCCGAGAUCCUCCAGCGCAUCAACCACCCGUCCCCGGCGUCUGCAUUUCAUCUGCAAGAGCUUCAGCAGCGCCAGGUGCAGCAGCAGCAGCAAAUGCAGAUGGAUGAUGAUGACAAGGCGUAUAGCAGCCUCGUCAUGCAGAAUGAUCUGAUGAGCACGCUGCUGCUGCAGGAGGCGUGCCUUAAGAAAGAGUCCCUAUGGACAUGAUCAUUAUGUGCCAUAACUGUCUAGUGUUUUUCUACUUUGAUGAUUCAUAAACAGUGUCUCUGCUUCUGUAAUUUUCUGAAAAUUGGGAAAUUGAGAAGAAAGUUGAUUGCUUGUGA